AUGGCCGACCCCGAGGGCGAAAUCGAAGAUGAUGCACGACUGCUCGAAGGCGAUGAGGCCACACAUGCACAAGAAAGUCCUUCUGGCGAUCGGCACGAGAGUCAAUCCAAUAUGGAGGAGAAGUUCGAGGAGCUAUUGGGCAACAUUAAAGAUGGUUUUUCUUCGCUUGGCGAGUUGUUGACAGAUCUGAUGCAACAAAAAUCACGAGGCAAGCGCUCCCGCCAAAAAUCAAGGUCUUCCUCGCCGGACUCGGCUGACGGCGACCAAACAACCGACCCUAAACGGGCAAGGCUCGAGGAUGAACAGAACGACGACGUAGCUGUGUUGCUUGGCGAGUCCCAGCCCCAGGGGGAAAAUUCUGGCAAAUGGCAAUGACAAUGAAAAAGAGUUUGGCGCAAUUUUGGACAGUGUUGUCCAAGAGCUGGACGAAGAACAGUUGGGGCCUGAUGUGUCCGAGAAGCUUGCCCAAGUUAUUAAUAAAACUCUGCGCUCAAAAUUGAGCGAGGGAAAACUUAAAGAAAAGUAAAACGCUUACCCUAGACCACAAAAUUGUGAAUCACUAGAAACUACUCGGAUUAAUCCAGAAAUCUGGGCACAACUACAAUCUUCAACCAGAUCUCGGGACAUACGUCUCCAGAAAGUACAAAGCCUCUUGCUGAAAGGGCUACUGCCGUUAGUUCAGCUCCUUGAAAAUUGUCGACAAUCGGAUGAUACGUCGACUGAUAAAGGAAAAAUCAUCAAGCUGGUACUUGACUCAGUAAGCCUAGUCGCUCAGGCAAAUAUAGAGCUCAAUAACAGGCAACGAGCAUUGAUUAAGCCUGAUUUGAAUGAAAAAUUUCAGCAAAUCUGUGGCGAUCAUGUGCCGAUUACAACGUUGCUUUUUGGGGAUGAUGUGGCCAAGACACUACAGGACAUUGCUUCCACAAACCGUGUCAGCCAAAAGGUUGCAACACCUACUCGUCGGCCCAGCUAUGCUCACCAAAACAACUUUAAUCGGCAUUCAAAAAAUGGACGGGGGGAGGUUCAGGCCCCAAAACAACCUCCCACGUUACAAAAGGGGCCAAAGCCACUACAAACCACAGAGUCAGUGAAACUCGAUAAACAGGUUAGUACCAUAUAUUCAUUUAAUGAUGAUACUAUACCACCCUUCACAGCUGGUAGGCUAAAAUUACUUCAGACAGAUAUUAAAAGCAAUACAGGGAGUGGAAAUUGAGUUUCUAAUGAAACCAUUCCAAUUGCAGUCACCUAAAAAGCUAACUGUCAGUAGUUCUGAGGAGUGCAUUGUUGAUAAUGAAAUCACCAAGUUAUUAAUGAAAGAGGUAAUUGAGCCCACUAACCCAGAACUGAUCAGGGGAGUUUAUUUCUACCAUUUUUCUUCGCCCGAAAAAAGAUGGGACCUUUAGACUAGUAAUUUUGAAUUUGAAAAGAUUAAAUGAAUUCGUAGAAUACCAUCACUUUAAGAUGGACACUAUUUAUACUGCAAUACAUUUAUACUGAAUAGGGCUGCUUCAUGGCCUCUAUUGAUUUGCAAGAUGCAUAUUAUACAUUUAUACUAUACUGUACCAGUAUGCCCUUAUCACAGGAAGUAUCUAAAAUUUUCUUGGCGAGGACAAUUGUAUCAAUAUACAUGCCUGCCAAAUGGUCUGGCCUCAGCCCCACGUAUUUUUACAAAAAUCUUGAAGCCAGCCUAUGCAUCACUGCGGAAUAAGGGGCACAUCUCCUUCGGGUAUAUUGACGACCCGUACUUGCAGGAUACAUGACAACUUUGAGGGUUGUAAGACAAAUGUCCAUGACACAACCACAAUGAUUGAUUCAUUAGGGUUUAUUCCCCAUCAGACCAAGUCAGUAACCAUCCCUGCACAACAACUUGUUUUAUUGGUUUUUUUGCUUAAUUCUAAGGACGUGACGGUCUCUUUAACCUCUGAAAGAGCCACAAAGCUUAAAACUGCUUGCAUAAAUUUGUUAGCAAAGAGGAGACCUUUAAUUCAGGAGGUUGCACAUGUUAUUGGCCUUAUGGUGGCUAGUUUCCCAGCCGUGACCUUUGCAUAGCUAUUCUAUCGGGCUUUAGAAAGGGAUAAAACCCAAGCUCUUAAACUGCAAAAAGGUAAUUAUGCAGCAAAUAUGACCCUAUCACAAGAUGCUCUUGCUGAUUUACAGUGGUGGAUAUCCAAUAUUGAGACAUCCUCCAAACCUGCUCUGGCCAGCCAGCCAGAUAUGGUCAUUCAAUCUGAUGCGUCACUAUUAGGCUGGGGUGCAUAUAGUGAUGGAAAGCAUGCAGGAGGCCCAUACAUGGGGAGAAACUGAAGCUAAGGCACACAUUAAUGUGUUAGAAACAACUGCAGCCCUUUUAGCAUUGCAGUCUUUUUGUUCUCGAACAAUUAAUAAACAUGUUCGAUUAGAACUUGACAAUACCACAGCUGUAGCUUAUGUGAACAAUAUGGGUGGAAACCAGUCCUCAGAAUGCAAUGCAAUAGUAAGACAUAUGUGGAUUUGGUGCAUUCCGAAAAACAUCUGGGUAUCGGCAACCCAUAUCCCAGGUGUCACUAAUGUAGAAGCAGAUAAAAAAUCCAGGCAAUUUGAUGACCAUACAGAAUGGGCAUUAAAUGAUCAAGCUUUUGAUAGGAUCUGUGUCAAAAUUUUUAAGCCCCAAGUGGACUUGUUUUCAUCCCAGCUUAACAAGAAGUUAGAGCAAUAUGUCUCUUGGGAGCCAGAUCCUAAGGCAGUAGCAGUUAACGCUUUCAGCAUGAACUUUUAGCCUGUUAACAAAAGUUUUGCCAAAGAUCCAGGAGGAAUCAGCAGAGGGUAUACUGAUAAUACCCCUGUGGCCUACACAACCAUGGUACCCUGUGGCAAUGCAAAUGUUGGUCAACCACCCACGGAUUUUGCCCAAAAUGCAACGUCUACUUUACUUACAUCACAAUCUGGACAGGAUGCACCCACUACAUCAGAAACUCAGACUAUUGGCAUGUCACUUCUCUGGAAAUCACUCCAAAGUCAAGGCAUUUCAAACCAAGCUGCCCACAUCAUCAUCAUCAUCAUCAAAUCAUGGCGAAGCGGAACUGUCCAGCAGUACCAAACUUACCUCAAAAAAUGGGCACUUUUCUGUUGUGAAAGGCAAGUUAAUCCGAUUUCUCCCUCUCUAACUGAUAUUUUGGACUUGUUUACUGUACUAUUUGAUGAGGGAGUUCAGUAUAGUGGCUUGAUUACAGCUCGAUCAGCAUUAUCUGCCAUUAUUUAA